AUGUGCAGCGAUGCUGGGGUUGUGGUUGGAGACAUUGUAGAGUUCACGGCCGACGAUCUCUGUACCGUUGGCAUCGUAGAGAAGAUUCGAGAUGAUUACGUAAUGAUCCUGCCUCUUGUGCGAAGGGAAGGGAUGGGAGAGGAAUGCUACGUCGAUGAAUCUCAACCCAUGUUCACAGUGUCAAGAGACGUUUGCAGAUCGCUGAAUGUCUAUCCCAGUCAGCGCGUCGCCUGGUCUACAGCAUCGCCGCAUCACAAUCCUCAUGGGGAGGAAUCAGAAGAUUGCUACUUCAUUGAAGACUCCGUCGCAGACAACUGUGUCAUUCCAGUGAAGUACAUUUCAGACACAUGA